CCUCGUCCAUGAGAAGGUAACCGAUUCAUUGUAUUCGUGCACUGUCACGCAAUAUUGUUCAACGCGAAUUACAUAGUUCAUAUAAUCGUUACAAGUUGAUACAAAAUUUCAUAAUGGCGAGUACCGAGGGAGAAGUCAAAUUGGAGAAUAAUCAGAUUCGCUUUUAUUUUCUAGAUGCCCACCCCAAAGAUCAAACAUGACUGGUAUCAGACAGAGUCAUUCGUGGUUAUUACAAUUCUUGCUAAAAAUUCAGAAAAUAUUAAGAUAAAUUACACCGAAACAAUGCUCAGUGUAUCUGCCAAAUUGCCUUCUGGUAGUGAAUACAGCCUGGAGUUGGAUUUAGCCCAUCCCAUCGUACCAGACCAGUGUUCGUACAAAGUGGUUCCAUCAAAAAUCGAAGUGAAGCUCAAGAAACGCGAUGGACUGAGGUGGACUGCCCUGGAAGGGAGUUCGGUAGCUGGAGUAACUGCGAAGCCAAUACCAGCUGCAAUAAUGAAUGAUGAUCCAGUGAAGUAUCCAACAUCCAGCAAGACACCCAAAGACUGGAAUCGAGUGGAAAACGAAAUCAAAAAGGAAGAGGAGGAGGAAAAACCUGAGGGGGAUGCUGCACUCAAUGCACUUUUCCAAAAGAUUUAUAAAGGCGGCUCCGAUGAAGUCAGACGUGCUAUGAAUAAAUCAUUUCUAGAGUCUGGUGGAACUGUUCUCAGCACGAACUGGAACGAAGUUGGCAAUACAACAGUGGAGACAAAGCCCCCAGAUGGCUUAGAAUGGAAAAAAUGGGAUUCGUAGAGCCAAGACUGUACAGUUCAUGUUCAACGUCUCAGAACUAUCAUCGACUCUACUCAAGUCAACAUCGUAAACAUUUUCAUUUUCUUCUCGUUCAUUAUGUCAUUGGUUAUUUUUAUUUUUGAAGUAUUCAAUAAUGCCUUCCGUUCUUCAGUUGAGUCUGAUGACUUCUUUGUAAAUUACACAUUUAAUGUACUGCUGAAUUCAUUGUAAAUAAAGAAGCGUUGGUGCUGGAGAUUCUCCAACACAGCAUGCGAUCGUUCA